AUGGCAGUCGCCGAUUACAAGAAGUACCUGGCGGAAGCGGUCCUCAAUGACCGUCGCACGGUCUCAUAUCGACUGUUGAGUCGAGCGCUGAGGGUCCACAGCACCCUGGCCAAGCAGAUGCUUUAUGACUUCCACCGACACGAAACUGCCAAGAAACCCGGCAGCGUGCACGCUACGUACAUCGUCACCGGUAUCCCGACGCCCGCCGCACCCCCCGCACCCACCAAUGGCGCCCACGCCGAUGCGACCAACGGACACGACGCCAUGCCGAGUAGCCCGUACCUGAGCAGCUCGAUGCCAAAUCCGGAGGAUGUCGCGGGGGACGCGGUGCCUACGUGGUCGGUCGUGCUGGUGCGCGAGGAGGAUCUCGACGAUGCAAAGGCGUCGUUCGAGUCAAUUUCGUCCGUGUACGUCUAUAGUUUGGAGCCGGCGACGCUGCAGGAUCUCAAUGUCCUCGCGGAUGUGCGGCAGGAAAUGCUGUCCACGUACGGGAAGGACGAUCCGUUGGAACUCGGGGCGCAAUGGGGGAUGAUCCAGAGCAAGACGGUCAAGCGACGAACGGGCAUGAGGCCACCCAUCCCAACCCCAGAACCGAAAACUGUCCCCGCCAAGCGACCUGCGCAGGAGGACAAGCCGCAGAAGAAGCCCGAGCCCGAGCCCAAGAAGGAAGAGAGCGGUUCGGAGAAGCCGUCCAAACCGUCCACGCGAGAAAGCACGCCGGCGUCCUCCAAACCGACCGAGAAGACCGCCCCGGCCAAGCGGGAGAAGGGGAGUCUGUUCAGCUCCUUUGCGAAGGCCAAGCCGAAGCAGAAGAAAGAGGAGCCAGCUACACCUGCGCCUGCGGUUGACCAAGCGGAGCCCAGCGGAGCCGAAGAUGUUGUCCUGGAUGAUGCAUCUGAAGAAGAAGCGGAAGAGCUGUUCCCUGAGACUGGCAAGCCCACCGCCAGUAACCGCGAAACGCGAAAAGAACGCGAGGAGAAGCUGCGCCAGAUGAUGGAAGACAGCGAAGACGAAGAAAUGCCUGAUACAACGGAACCCCCCGAAGAGGAAUCUACGCCCAUCGAUGAACCCCCUCCCAAGACGGAGCUAAAGGAAGAAGCCACCGUUCAGGGUGGUCGACGGAGAGGCAAACGACAGGUCAUGAAGAAGAAGACCGUCAAGGACGAGGAGGGCUAUCUGGGUAGGACCCCUGUUCCUUCGAUGCAAUGUCCGAGCUGA